UUCUAAUACGGCAAAGUGUCACAAAUUUGCAGUUAAGAAACUCUAAUUCUCUAAUCCGAUACUGGGCACGAUGGCCGGUAGUUUCCCUGCAGCUCCAGUACUCCUUGCCGUGCUCCUGGCAUCGGCAUGGCGAGCAGCGGCGACGAGCAGUAGCGCUGCCGACCGCAUCGACCGGCUUCCCGGGCAACCGGCCGUAGACUUCCCGAUGUACUCUGGGUACGUCACCGUCGAUGAGCUCGCCGGACGGGCGCUGUUCUAUUGGCUGCAGGAGGUGCCCCCUGAGUCCCAGCCGGCGCCGCUGGUGCUGUGGCUGAACGGUGGGCCAGGGUGCUCGUCGGUGGCGUACGGCGCGUCGGAGGAGCUCGGCGCGUUCCGCAUCCGGCCGGACGGCGCGACGCUCUUCCUCAACGAGUUCCGGUGGAACAGAGCGGCGAACAUCCUGUUCGUGGACUCGCCGGCCGGCGUGGGGUUCUCGUACACCAACACCACCUCCGACCUCUACACCUCCGGCGACAACAGAACAGCUCAUGAUUCCUAUGCUUUCCUGGUGAAAUGGUUCGAGAGGUUCCCGCAGUACAAGUACCGGGAUUUCUACAUCGCCGGGGAGAGCUACGCAGGGCACUACGUUCCUCAGCUGUCCCAACUUGUGUACCGGAACAACAUCGGCAUCCCGAAACCCAUCAUAAACUUCAAAGGCUUCAUGGUCGGGAACGCGGUGACCAACGACCACACCGACUACGCCGGCAUGUUCGAGUCGUGGUGGAACCACGGGCUCAUCUCCGACGCCACGUACCAACUCCUCCGGGCCACCUGCCUGAACGACUCCCUCAUGCACCCCUCGCCGGCGUGCAACGCCUCCCAGGACGCUGCCGCCACAGAGCAGGGCGACAUCGACAUGUACAGCAUCUACACGCCUCUGUGCAACCAGACGGCGACGGCGGCGGCGGCGGCGACCAAGAGCCGGAGGCCGAUGCGCCGACACCCAUGGAUGAGGGGAUCGUAUGACCCGUGCACCGGAAGCCACUCAACGGUCUACUACAACCGGCCGGAGGUGCAGAGGGCCCUCCACGCCAACGUCACCGGCAUAAACUACCCUUGGGUCACCUGCAGCGACCCCUUGUAUGAUCACUGGGGAGAUUCACCAAGAUCCAUGCUUCCUAUCUACAAGGAGCUUAUUGCAGCUGGCCUUAGGAUAUGGGUCUUCAGCGGAGAUACUGACGCAGUGAUCCCCUUGACAUCAACAAGAUACUCCAUCGAUGCUCUGGGCCUUCCAACUACCACGAGCUGGUACCCGUGGUAUGAUCACAAACAGGUUGGCGGGUGGAGUCAAGUGUACAAGGGCCUGACCUUGGUGACCAUUCGUGGCGCAGGGCAUGAGGUUCCUCUCCACAGACCGCGACAGGCUUUCAUAUUGUGUCAGCACUUCUUGCAGGGGAAGGCCAUGCCGAAAAAUGGAACCACCUCAUAAUUAGAACUUUGUUUAUUCUUGUUGGCACAAACAGGGUGAGAUAUCAUAGUAACCAUAUUUGCGUCAUGUAAAGCAUUCGAGAGUUAUGCUUUCAAAUAUUGUAUUUCGAUUGUACACGAGACAAUAAAUGAAACAAGAACAAGCACAUGAGAUAGAUGUUCUUGUUUUUCUGUUCUUC